AUGAUGGGAGUUGCCGGUGUAUCGGGCGCUGCUUUGCUAUGCGCUAUUCACGGUGCUACCGUAGAAAAGACAUUAUUUGAAGACAUUGAUAGUUCUAAGACAUUCUAUGCUUUUAACCCAACUCAAGCCGAAGAAACUUCUUCAAUGGUCACCGCUAACCGCCUUUGGUCCCAAAUAUUUGGGGUUGCUUUUUCCAAUAAAUGUAUUCGCGCUUGGAUGGCGGCUCAAGAUCAUCCUCAUGAAAAGCUUAUAUUCCCUGAGGAGGUUCUACCACGUGGAAAGGCUUUUUAA